UGGCGGCCGUUGCCCCGGUUACCCCCCCCAAACUGGUCCCUUCCCGGGAGCGGGGCAUUUCAAAACCAGUAUGAGCUGAAAGCGCAGGCGGCCCUGAGGACACAGGCCGCGAUUCGAGAGCUGAGGCCAAGCUCGGAGCCCGCCCGUUGCCUUCUUGGGAUCAGGACGCCAUGGGCGCCCGGCAGUCCAGGAGAGCGGUCCCGGAGCCCACCUGCCGGCUGUGGGCCGCCGUGGCGUCCUCCAUCCGCUCGGGCUGGCUCGGCAUCAACGACAGAGCCAAGGAACUGAAGGUCAUCCAGAUGUUACUGUUCCCUGUGUUGAUGUGCACCUCUGCCAGGCAAGGGGACAUUGUAGCUCUGGAAGCACACCUGCAGCAGGGUGCUGAUGUCUCCAUCGUUGACAGUCACAGACGGACACCACUCCACUUGGCCGCUAGCGAAGGAGAUAUCGAGACUGUCCGCUUCCUGUUAAAGAGUGGCGCCAACAUUAACAGCACCGACAACUCAAAGGACUCGGCACUCAGAGACGCAAUUCGCUGCAAGAGUAUAGAAGUAGUGGAACAUAUGGUUUCUGAGGGGGCCUACUUAGAUACAUCUCCUGCAGAGCUAGGGGCUGAAAUGUGCUGCCUUGCACACCUGGGUGAUGCCAAGCAGAUGGAGGUUUGGAAGGCUGCAGGGGUGCACUUCAACUACGCAGACUAUGAUGGGAGAACUCCUCUUCAUGUGGCUGUCUGCACCAACCAGCCCGAGAUGGUUAUUUUCUGCACUAGGAAUGGGUCAAACCUAGAGCACCGCGACCGGUUCAACAACAGGCCGAUUGACGACGGCCACCAGCUGGGGCUGCCGGGGAUCGUGGAGCUGCUCGGCGCGGAAAAGCAGCGGCUGGAAAAGGAGGCGGCGGACGCCGCUGCGCAGGCGGCCAGGCUCAAGAUGGAAGAAGAUGGCCUCAAGGCAGAAACGGCCUCCAGCUCCUCCUCUUAGCACAGGACUUUCACACUCGAUUGCAGAUGUAUAUUCCCAUCCAUGCGGUGGUGAAUGUAGAAUACAUUAAAACUUUCACUUAAGAAGUACUUCACGGUUAUGUCAAAGCAGAAUUUUAUAAGAGGCAGGAUGAAUGCAAGCUUUUGCGCCUCUCCUUUCAAAACAGCAAUUUCCUUUUGUCGCAUUUACUGAAAUAAAAAUUUCUACAAACA